AUGGUCCAAUCUUUGAAGCAGAAAGGCCAUGUGGUUGCAUUCAUUGGACGAGGCAUUGGAGAUUCACAACCCCUUAGCGAAGCAAAUGUAGGACUUUGUUUUGGAACCCAAGGGGUAGAAAUUGUCAACGCAUGCUCAGCCAUUGUCAUGUCAUGCAAAGAUUUUCCUUUCAUCAUUGAUAUUUUGACAUGGGGUAGGAGAAUAUACGACAGUGUCCAGAUAUAUACUCAGUUUUUGCUCAUUGCAAGUUUUGUUGAUCUGCGAACCCAUGGUUUGAAUGCUGUGAUAGCUGUUCCAACAGGAAAAAUUCUAUUUUCGGUGUUUCAACUUUUGUGGAUGAAACUGAUUGCAGGUACUUUAGCAGUUCUUGCACUCAAUAUAGAAAAGCCAUCUCAAGAUGCUAUGCUGAGGCCACGAAGAAACUUGAAAGAGCCACUAAUCACAGCACAAAGGCGCAAAUCAUUAUUUAAGGAAAAGGAUUCUUUGGUCCUCAGUACGUACAUUCUCUGUCAAACCUUCAGCAUAUUCAAUCCCAGGCUUUUGGAGAACAUUUUUGAGGAGAUGACAGACAGGCUAGGAUUUGGCCAGUGGGGCUUGUGUAUAGCCUUUUCUGCUGCACCUUCUAUGGUCACUUG